AUGGCGAUACCGAAGUUGGUCGCUUCGUUCCCGCCGACCCUGCGAGCGAGCUCAGUGAGAGUCACAGCUCCGGCAGAGAUCACGAGCUACAGCAAGGACGCAUCAGGACGUAUCACUAUCCCGGCAUGCCGGAUCAGGUUGUACAAAAAGCCUCACCUUCCUUACGACCUCAACAUUGGGAUGAGCGAGUAUAUCGCCAAGAAGGAGGGGGACGUUACCCUUGAGCCAGUCCUCCAGGCGCUGUCUCAUGCACAGUUUUCGACGACUCGGUCAUGCGACUUCGUGAGCUACAGGAACAAUCUCAACAAGAUCAUGGAGACACCCUAUAACAAGAAGGACCCGUGGAAGAUAAAGCUGAGAAAAGACUCGUCAGUGAUCUACAUGGAUGUUGUCAAGCUGGAGGAGCAGAGCACUCAGAGCCCAAGAAGCAUGAGGAAAUUUCAGUACUGGGGGUACAAGUUUGAAGGAGCCUGUACCUCGGAUGAUGGCGACCAGUCACAUGUUGACGCCAAUGAGGAGUAUUGCAGCGUGUUCCAGAUCUCAAUAGGAGAGAACAGGCUCGUGCUCGCUGCUGAGAUGGACUGCAUCGAGCCGGAGAAGGAGGAGCAAAGCGAGAAGGAGGGAGGUGGAAAGAGGAGGUACGUGGAGUUGAAGACAAGCAGGGUUAUAUCACAUCCGAAUCAGAACAACACCUUUCAGCGAUUCAAACUGUUGAAGUUCUGGAUACAAUCGUUCUUGGGAGGAGUCGGAAAGAUAGUAUGUGGAUUUCGGGAUGACGACGGGAUAUUGCAGGAGGUGAAAGAGUUCAAGACCCUUGAGAUUCCCCGGAUGGUACGAGGCAAGCCAAACAUGUGGGAUCCAAACGUUUGUCUCAAGUUCACAGAGGAUCUCUUGACAAGACUCAAGACGCUUGUGAAAGAGGUGAUAUGCUUGAAGUUAAAUGUGGCAGAUUCAUUCUCCUGA